GUCAAAGUCAUAACAAGGAAGUGAAUCCUCACGGUGCUUCUUCCACUAAUUAAUCUUCUUAGAAAGAGGGACUGUUGGUUUUGUAGUAGGACGCAUUUAAAGAUUACGUUGAUCUAGUUCUGGGCAACAAAUCCGUCGCGUUCUCUAGACGACUGCGUAGAUAAUAUGGAAACUAAUUCAGGCAAAUACUGGGUUACUUAGAUCAUAUUCGUUCAUUUACCUGCCAGCGACACUCGUUCUUGUGUGCAGAUUCCACUGACAUGUCACAGUCAUCUUUUCUUCCCCCCCCCCUGGUUGCUUUGCAGACAUAGCUCACCGCUGAGGAAAAUGAGGAUGAUCACCUUCCUCCUGGUUGGACUAAUAGUCCAUGUGGUCUUCUUCCUCUCUAUCUUUGACAUCUACUUCACCUCUCCCCUGGUCCAUGGCAUGACACCCCAGACCACUCCCCUGGCACCUCCUUCGUCCAGGCUGGUGUUAGUGGUGGCCGAUGGUCUUCGAGCAGACAGUUUCUUCACACUCCUGCAGAACGGCUCAUCCAGGGCCCCGUACUUGAGGAGUGUGAUUGAGGAGAAGGGUACAUGGGGUGUUUCACACACACGUGUGCCCACAGAGUCUCGUCCCGGUCAUGUUGCUCUUAUCGCUGGCUUCUAUGAGGACGUUAGUGCUGUUGCUAAAGGGUGGAAGGAGAAUCCAGUGGAGUUUGACUCGGUCUUUAAUGAGACCCGACACACCUGGUGCUGGGGCAGCCCUGAUAUUUUGCCAAUGUUCGCUAAAGGUGCAAGUGGAGACCAUGUGUAUACCCACACAUACCCAGCAGAAGAGGAGGACUUUGCUUCCACAGAUGCCUCCAGGCUCGACACAUGGGUGUUCACUCAAGUCAAAUCGUUCUUUCAGUCAGCGAAGUCUAACGCCAGCCUGAGGACCAAUCUGCUUAAGGAUGAGAACGUCUUCUUCCUGCAUCUGCUGGGCAUCGACACAAACGGACACGCUCAUAGACCAAUGUCACGGGAGUACCUAGACAAUAUCGGUCUAGUAGACACUGGUGUUGCUGAACUGGUGUCUAUGGUGGAAGACUUCUUUGGUCAUGAUGGUAGAACAGCGUAUGUGUUUACCUCUGACCAUGGCAUGACAAACUGGGGUUCACACGGUGCAGGUCAUCCAUCAGAGACCCUCACUCCUUUAGUAGUGUGGGGAGCUGGCGUUCACAAUGCCCGCAAGGCCACUGGACCCCAACCAUACAGUGACGGCUUCCUACAAGAUUGGAAACUGGAGCAUCUUCGAAGAGUUGACGUCAAUCAGGCAGACAUCGCGCCCCUCAUGGCUUCUCUUAUUGGUGUCCCCUUCCCUCUUAACUCAGUUGGCGUAUUACCUCUUCUCUACCUUAACAACAGUGAGCACUUCAAGGCAGAAAGCAUGUACACUAAUGCUAUUCAAGUACUAGAGCAGUACAAGAUAAAAAUGACCCAGAAAAAGGAGACUACCCUCCCUUUUCUCUUCACCCCAUUCGAACUUCUGACUGAGUCAAAACAAUCACAGUUCAUCAACAAGGCUAGAAUACUGAUUCAGCUGGAGAAGUAUGACGAUGCUAUCGCCCUGUGUCGGUCUCUCAUAGCCCACGCUCUGGAGGGCCUGGCCUACUACCACACCUAUGAUCGGUUCUUUCUGGGGUGCAGUGUGGUGCUAGGAUUUGUAGGCUGGACCUCAUAUGUAGUCCUAGUCAUACUGAAGACUCAUGCGAACCUCAACAGAAACCCCAGUGUCCUCAAACAGAUUCCCGGCCAUGCCUUGGUGAGGCUGUCUCUGUGUGUGACAGUGGUGAUCACUGUGUUCCUGCUCAUCCAAAGAAGCCCUGUUACCUACUAUGUUUACUGCCUGCUGCCUGUCCCUUUGUGGUACUCUGUCCUUAAAGAGUCUGGCAUUCUGACAGAUUUAAUUCACUCGGCUCCCUCUCUGCCACUGUGGAAGUGUUUCGGCUAUUUCGUGCUGGUGUCGUUUGGCAUCGAGCUACUGGUGGUGAGUUUCUUCCAUCGCGCCAUGCUAACUCUGGGCCUGGCUGUCCUCUCUCUUUGGCCCUUCCUGUCGGGUCUUUUUGGCAAGGCCAAGUUCCGUUCAUUGAGCUGGUGUCUCGGCUGCCUGUGUUUGGCUGCUUUUCCCCUGAUGCCUGUUGUGGGCAGAGAGCCUAACAUACAUCUGGUUACCUUUGCAGGUGUACUCAGUCUCUUCACUUCAGCCUGCUACCUCUGGUCAUCACGGCCGAGAACAACAAUGCACCUGAGUGACAGACAGCAGUUUGUGUCCCAGAUGCUCCAUGUGGCAGUGUGUGCGUACGUUCCAUCGCUCACACACUCCAGCCUUCAGCAGAAACAGGGCCUGCCACUUCUAAAUCAGAUCAUCAGCUGGAGCACAUUAGCGUCCUCUAUGCUCGUUCCAUUGUUGAGCUCAACGCGUCUUUUCCAGCGCCUGCUCAGCAUAUUCCUCUCUCUCACGGCAACAUAUCUGCUGCUCAGCACUGGGUCAGAGGCUUUGUUCCCUCCUGUGUUAGCUUGGUUGAUGUUUGUGUGGAUCAACAUUGAACAGGAAGCUAUGCUUGCACAGGGUGUCUCUGGCAGACAAGAGCUCUCAACAAUUGAUUUCUCCGCAAACAUCGACAUCACCAAGAUCCGACAACUGAAGUUGGACGACAUCAGGAGAUCAUAUUUUUUUGUAUUUUUUAUAAUAACAGCUUUCUUCGGCACAGGGAACAUAGCUUCCAUUAACAGUUUCGACCCAGCGUCUGUUUAUUGUUUCCUCACUGUCUUCAAUCCCUUCCUUAUGGGAGGGCUGAUGAUGUGGAAGGUUGUCAUUCCAUUCAUCAUAGUAAUGUGCACGUUUGAGACCAUCCAAGUUGCAACGCAGCUCUCAUCAAGAAGUUUGUUCCUCAUUGUCCUGGUCAUCUCUGACCUGAUGGCUCUGCACUUUUUCUUCCUCGUGCAAGACUACGGCAGCUGGUUAGACAUUGGGACAAGCAUUAGCCAUUACGUGAUUGUGAUGUCGAUGACCAUCUUCCUGAUGCUGCUCAGUGUGGUGACACACAUUCUCACCUCAAAAAGACUCAGUCUUUGGAGACACAAAAAGCACUUCCCCUAACUAAAAGAGUUUGAGUGCAUUUGCAUGCACACAAUGUAGUUAACAAUAAGUACUUCAGGUUUACAUUCUCGGAGGAAAUACCAAAUAAUUCUUCUCAACAAUUGUUCCUUCCUUCCUUGUAAUAGUGUAAGAAAAAAGCUUGUUGUGUAACCCUUAAGCACAGUCCCGUUACACUGUAACGUCUUGUGUACUCAGUCCCUGUUUCAACAUCAUUGUUUCUACAUUAAUGAGUGAUUAAUUGACUGGUCGAUGGAAUUUUACUGUAUUUUUAUAUGCUCUUGCCAAGUCGGCCGACUUAUGAUCUUCUCAGGAAGGGUAACAUUCUAUCCUCUGAAGCUGCCUAAGACAUCUUCUUGUUGAGAAGAAAUAGGGAGAAACUUUUAAUUUAUUGUGACUGUUUUUGGUAUUUUUGAACCAACUGAGGGAAUGGAAAAAAGGGGCUUCCGGGGGGGAAAGUGGGAAACAUUUUUGUCAUGUGGGCCCUCUGUAGAGCCCAGUGGCCACCACUGGGAUUGUGGUUGCAGUUGGAAACGUGUAAAUGCUUGAAUAAGAAUGUUGAGAUGUAGUGAAAACCUUUUUGUUCGUAUGUUUUAAUAAAAACUAAACACAA